AUGACAGACAUAGAAAAAAACACUGCUUUUACAACAUCGUCAGACGACGUUGCAACAGACAAAGCCAAUAAUGGUACCACCCAGACUGAACAACCAUCAUUAACUGGUUGGGCAAAAUUUAAAGACGGAUUCAAACGUGCCCAUGUUGAAGAUUAUGGACUUGAUCCUAAUAUGCCCGAAGUUGAGAAAAUCGCAAUUUUGACUGCUAGAUCGGCUUUACAUCGUAAGCUUAAGAACAGACAUUUGCAAAUGAUUGCAAUUGGUGGGGCUAUUGGAACUGGUUUAUUUAUCGGUUCAGGGUCAGCGUUAUCUACUGCAGGUCCAGCAGGUUUAUUGUUGGGUUAUAUCUUGAUUGGUACUAUGAUAUACUGCACUGUCCAGUCCUUAGGUGAGUUGGCAGUCACAUUCCCUAUUGCGGGUGCUUUUAUUACCUACAAUUCAAGAUUCAUUGACCCAUCUUGGGGAUUUGCUAUGGCUUGGAAUUAUGCUUUGCAAUGGUUAGUGAUCUUACCUUUAGAAUUGGUUGCUGCGUCUUUGACAAUCAAGUAUUGGGAUCCAAACACCAACUCAGCGGCCUAUGUUUCUGGAUUCUUCUUCUUCAUUAUUUCCAUUAAUUUCUUUGGUGUCAGGGGAUACGGUGAAGCUGAGUUUAUUUUCUCGGCAACUAAGGUUAUUGCUAUCUGUGGAUUUAUCAUCUUGGGUAUUGUAUUGAUUGUUGGUGGUGGCCCACAAGGUGGUUACAUAGGUGAUAGGAAUUGGUACAUUGAAGGAGCUCCAUUCCCAAAUGGUGCCAAAGGGGUCGUCACUGUAUUUGUAGGUGCUGCCUUCGCCUUUAUCGGUACUGAAUUAUGUGGAUUGGCUGCUGCUGAAUCUGACAAUCCAAGAAGGGCAUUGCCUAAAGCAUGUAAACAAGUGUUUUGGAGAAUCACUUUGUUCUAUGUUAUUUGUUUAACUUUGGUUGGCUUGUUGGUACCUUAUGAUAACCCAAGAUUACUCGGUGCUUCAUCAGUCGAUGCAACUGCAUCUCCAUUUGUCAUUGCUAUUCAAAACGGAGGGAUUCUGGGCUUGCCCUCAGUUAUGAAUGUUGUUAUCAUGAUUUCCGUUUUAUCUGUUGGGAAUUCUUCUGUCUUCGGUUCUUCACGUACAUUGGCUGCUCUAGCUGCUGCUAAGCAAGCUCCAGCAUUCUUAGGUUAUGUUGACAGAAAGGGACGUCCGUUAAUGGCAAUUUUAGUCCAGUUAUCGAUGGGAUUCUUGUGUUACUUGGCUGCCACACCAAAGCAGGAUGAAGUUUUUGGAUGGAUGUUGUCCAUUUCUGGAUUGUCUUCCAUAUUUUCGUGGGCUUCCAUUAACUUCUGUUUAAUUCGUUUCAGAAGGGCAAUGAAAGCAAAAGGACGUGAUACUUCAGAGUUAACAUUUGCCUCUCAACCAGGUCUAGUUGGUGCAUGGUGGGGAGUCUUAUUGAACGUCGUCGUGGUUUGCUUACAAUUCUGGAUUGCGGUGUUCCCAUUGAAUUCCCAACCAAGUGCAAAAGUGUUUUUCAGUAACUUCCUAACUGUGCCAGUUGUUUUGUUAUUCUACUUUGGUCAUAAAAUAUACACGCGAAACUGGAGCUUGUAUAUCAGGACCAAGGAUAUUGAUAUUGAUACAGGAAGAAGAGAAGCUGACUUGGAAGUAGUUAAACAGGAAGUUGCUGAAGAAAAGGAAUAUCUCAGAUCUUUGCCUUUCUAUAAGAGAGUAUACAAUUUCUGGUGUUAG